AUGACCCAGGGAAGACAUAAGGAGACGAACCAGUUUCGUUUUCGUUCUUUCAACGAACGAAUUCAAGGCGUUCGGGUAUCUGCUGCUCAUCGUUUACGAAGUGAUCGGGCUGUAAAACUCGCUGCAGAAGAUGCGGAGUCAGCUUUUGUUGCUUCGAUUGUCAGAUGGAUGGAAUUGGACCUCUCCCGGCCGUUCCAAAUGUUCACGCGCGAACUAGGAAUAAAAGUCGACAGCUAUGCUCUGGUCAUCGUUAACCAGGACAUGAUUUUCAACACUCUAUGUCGACACAUCUCGCUUAAACAUCUAGAAGAAAAUAGUCGUCUAGCAUUACCUGCCCUGCUUGAGUUUUUCGUCGCCUUGUCGACAGACUUAGCAUCGGACUUCAACAAAUACUUUUUCAAAACAUUUGAUCGUGUUUGCGAUCUUCUGAAAACACAGGAUCUCGAACUUUUGGAACACAUAUUCACCUGCUUAUCGCGUCUAAUCAAGCUCUCGCAGCGAUACCUCCGAGAAGAGAUCUUCAGAACGUUGCGUUCUUUCGUCGAAUUAGUGACAAAAGACACACGCCCCUAUAUCCAGUCAUUUGCCGGCGAUGCGUUUGCGUUUCUCCUUCGUAAACACGCAAUUACUCCAAACUAUAAUGUCUCUUUCUGGUCAAGAAUAUUUAAUGAUUUUCAAAAGGAAGAUAACUCGUCGUCAGCUACUUGGGAUGCCUUUGGUAUGUUGGUUUUUCAGGCUGUCCGUGGUGUUCAAAAUGGACUGGACUCCCGAUUUCAAUCAGUUAUGAAGCCUCUCCUGGCCUGUGAAGAUCGGGGUUCCUCCGAAACUAUCCAGAAAUCGCUUGAACUUAUUUUUGGACAUAUUCACCGCGAUAAAGCAAAAGAUCUUCUUUCUCUUCUACUCUCUACCGUUAUGGAAGAAGAAAGAAGAAUCGAGGUCCUCACGCAGCUAGUCGACUUCAAGGGCGGUGUUUGUGUAUAUGACGUGGAGAAAAUUCUUUUAUUCAUCAAAAGCCGUCACGACGAAAGGUCAUUUUUCGGCUACACUGAACUUGUACGAGCUCUCCUGCAGUCAAUAAUUCCAAUUGGGAAUCAAACACGUGGCCAUCUUAUCUUUUAUCUGCGUGAGGCGUUGAUGACUGAUGAACAGGGAACACGAAUUAUACAAAUAUUGCAUUCCAUCGUGGGGAAAGAUUGGUUCGGCUGUGCAAUUCAAUAUUACGGCGCAUCUUCGGAAAAUAGCCUGAUGACGGACAUUGCUUAUGUAGGCGCUCGUGGUUCCGCUGAACAAGCUACAAUUAUCGCGUUCUUCCUCGCAUAUAUCAAUACAAGAUAUGCCUCCUGCAUGUUUGAGGAACAUCAGUUCAAGAUUUUUGAUUCGAUGACUACUGAAGCACGACGAGCACUUUCAGACAACUUCUUAUCGAAAAAAUCAGUCGAUCCCGAGCUCUCUUGGCCAGCACUGUUCAUUCUAAGUCACCUGGGAAGUAAAAUAGCGUCCUUGGCGAACUACAAAGAACAGAUUCGAAAAAUAUCCGACCACUGCAAAGGGCAGCUCUACUUCGUCACUGGAUUUGAAAAGACUAUUAUCGUUGAUUUAGAAAAGAGUCCUGCCAAUCUCAGUUUACUGAGAGCUAUGAAAGCGGCUCUUUUUUAUUCGCAAUAUAAAUUUGAGGGCAUCGACAAAGAAAAGAUAGAGAAGAUAGUCGCGCCUAAUUUACAACACUGGAAUUACGCCGUUAGAUUCUACUCCCUGCAAAUCCUGAUCAGGAUCUGCGACGAUACAAAACAACUCGAUAUUUUCAACACUUUGCUGGACGCAGAACAAGAAGGAGUCUCUAUGGCCACGUACAGAGAUCGAUUGAGAUUCCUUCGAAAGAUUGGAACAGCGCUCCACGCAGAGGGCAUUGGAAGUCAAAUCUAUUCAUAUUAUCUCUACGGAUCGCUCACGAUCAACUUUACUCUUCUUAGCCAAGAGACGAGAAAACUGUUGUCGGAUAACCUUCGACGGCAAUUCGAGAGUGAUAGAAAAUCAACGGCGGAAUUCUGGCUAAAUCACAUGGAAAAUAGUAUGAAAUAUAUCACUUCUGCUCCUGAAAGUCACGAAGGCGACUACUGUAAAGAUUUUGUGGAUUUCCCUGACCUCAAAGCAGCAUUUUGCCCAACAAGAGAAGGAGUGAAAGAAUUACCAGAUUGGCUGAAUAUACGAGAUCAAGUUUGGAGCAUUUCUGAGUCACUUGCGGACUUUCUCGAGCCAUUUUCGAAAAAGAUCAUGCCAAUGUUUUUCGAUUUUUAUCAAGAAGAGUACGUACGCAAACUCAAAUUCCAAAAUGUUCUUCCACUGGUGAAUUCCUCUGAAGACAAGGCCAAAGUAUCACGUCAAAAGACGAAAAAGAUGCUUGAGAGUGUACUCAAGCUAUUUGCUAAGUUCAAGAAUCCUACUUCCCUGUACCGCGAGCCAGAGCUUAAAGCAAUAUGUAUUGAGCUUUUGCUUCAUCAGGAUUUUGUUCUUCAGCGAUGUGCAGUGGAUUACUUGGCAGCAUACAAAAAAUCAGUGGCUGCUCGACAUCAUGUCUUACUUCAAGAACUUUGCGACAAUGGUGCUUAUCGCUCCAGAUUCACGAAACUUAUGUCCUCUGACCAUGAGAUCAACGUGGUCGACUACGAUCAAGUUGUAACGUAUGCACUGCGCAUAUCCUUCGGGAAAAUGCUCUCGCAGAUCAAAGAAAAGGCGGGUAAGAAUUCAGCCCAGGUUCGCCAAAAGUUCAUUGUCCGGCAAAUCGCAGACUCUGCUGUUGUCCACCUUCAGAACUUUUAUGAUCUGUCAACUCAAUGUCUGCCCUACCUGAUAGAAGCAAACGACGGAUCAAAAUGUUGGCCACUUGGGAAGCAAAUUGGAACACUGCAGACCAUCCACGCCAUCAUAAACAAUGUGAACUGGGGUAGUCAAGAAGUUAUGGAAAGUUUCCGAGUGCAGAUUUUAAAAGCUCUGGUCCAGUUCGGAAACUACACCGCCUUUUUACUCAGCCUCGAAAAUGUGCGUCCAAUGUGCAAGAGCCAACUUAAGGAUAUACGAACCCUUGCAAUCAAAUCGCUGCUAGACCUCUCCGAGCGGACGAAAAUACCGUAUUUGGAAGACGAAAAGGAAAUCAUCUUCAAAUGGAUUGGUGGCUUGAUUGUCAACAUGAAGCAAGAUAGUAUUGACCAGGUUGGACCUACACAUCGUCUUGUUUGUGCUUGGGCAGGUUCCGAAUACACGAGAGACAUGUUGCUUUUCAAGCUCGAUGAAUUCACUGUUCUCUAUCAUUUGGUUUCUCUUCUUCAAUGUUCGAACGUAGGAAAACCUGUGGUUGCGUCAAUCAUUAAAGUUGUUUCUCAAAUUUUCGCCGAUAAAGAGGAUUAUUGGCCAGAAUCUCUUCGCAACGCUGUCGACAGAAUCAUUCCAAUACUAAUAAAUUACUUUGUACCAUCAAUCGAGAACAGCAAAUCCGGUGCAAUGGACAAAGAAACACUCCAGCUCAUCAUUCUCAUCUCACUCGACAUCGACCAACCAGAGUUUUGUUCUAAACUCAUUUUCAUCAUUCUUGAUCAGUUUAAAUCAAGAGUACAGCAUCUCAAAAAAGAAUUACUGUCAAGUAUAGCACAGCUAAUACCCAAAGCAGAGGAUAACGAGAGCGAUCAGAGUCUGUUUGCCAGUAAGCUUGUUGGACUCAUCACAACAGUCGGAGAUGAGACUGGGGUACGGAUGGAGCUUGUAAAUUGCUUUGAGGCUCUAUCCAAAAAAAGUAAAAGCUACGAGGGUAUUUUUAAAAUCGUUCGAGGAUUCAAUGCAGUAAGAAAACAUCUUCACGAUCCAAUUGAUUUCGAUAAGAGAAUAGACACAAUAAAUUCGCUUACCGAUGAGGCAAAUACCUUGCCAGACUUCAGCCAGAACUUUCUCUAUUGGAGAUGCGUCAUGGUUAGCUGCUUGUAUCAAUUCAAAAGUGUGGAUGACAUGUCAAUUCAAACCGCCACAAAUCGUCUGAUAUUCUCAAUUAUCGAAAAGAUUGACUCGCAAAAAGAUUCUAAUUUUUUCGUGCAGUUAAUAAAGGGUGUUGUUCUCCCUGAAAUUCGGCGAAUGUUGAAGUCUCGGAACGAAAGGUUAAGACACGAAUAUGUUGGUAUUUUCGCUAAACUGGUGGUCCUUUUCUCGACUGAUCCCGAACUUGGACAAUUUUCUGGGCUAUCAAACGAUGAUCCAGAUCAAGACUUCUUCCAGUUAGUGACACAUAUUCAGUACCACAAAAGACGUCAUGGGUACAAGAUCAUUGUUUCAUAUAUAAACGAUGGUCAUAUAAAAGGAAUCGCUGCUAGUCGAUACGUGUUUCCUAUCGUGUUGAGCACCUUGCUAGACCCGAAAUUAAGUGGUCAGACUGCAGUAUUGGAAGAAGCUCUAGAUGUGGUCGGGGCAAUCGCGAGAUCCAUGCCUUGGAGUACUUACCGACGACUCCUGGAUAUGCAGCUAAACUUGGCGCUAAAGAACUCUAAGGUUUCGACUGAUCAAAAAGAACCAGACAAAAAAUCGAAGCGCACAAUCAUGCCUCAACGAGAUCAUGAGGCUGAGUUGAAAAUGACGGUCAAAAUCAUUUGCAAAGUAUUGGACUCUGUCCACUGGCCCCUGGACAAGCUAGACGAUAAUUUCAUUUACUCGGUAACCAGAUUUUCUCGGGAGAGCGGCGUCACUAUUAAACAUAUUCGCGAGUUCGAAGAGAUUCAAUUACAGAAGGAAAAGAAAUCCGAUGAGGAGAGCGACGAGCCAAUGGUAAUCGAUGCCUUGAAAUCGAGUGAAGGUCAAACUAUCGAUGAUCACGAAGAAGAACCAGACGAGAUAGUAAAUGAGCCCGAGGAGAGCGAUAAUGAAGCGGAUGAUGACACGAUGGAAGUCGAUAAGUCUACCGAAGACAAGUACCCGAUUCAACUUCUCAAGAAAGUUUACACGCAUUUACACUUGGUCGUCCGUCCAAAAUUGUAUAAACUGGUUACCCGCCGAGAAGAUGUUAAUGUGGACGCAGAAGCAGACGAGCAAGUUAUUCACAUUCCACUAGCUUCUGCCCUGAUUAAAGUUCUUUGCACUCUUGGCGAGGAAGCUAUCCGAUCUUACUGUCCAUCUAUAAUUUUGAAAAUUGUGGAUAUGCUUCGAUCGAGGAACUUCUCUCAGCGUGAGAUUGCAAGAAAAGCGCUCGUUUCUGCAUUAAAUAUUCUCGGCGAUAGGUGGUUCGGCCUUUUCAUUGAGGAGCUCAAAGCGGGUCUUCAGCGUGGCUACCAAAAGCAUGUCCAAAUUGCGUCUAUCUCGGCGCUACUUCAUGGCCAUGACUAUGAAUCUGGUGCUGUUGACGAGCAGAUUCCGGCGAUUACGGAAACUCUUCUCAGCGAUCUCGUCGGUGAGCAAGGAAAAGAGAAAAAAAUUGGAAAGAUUGUUGGGAAGACACCCGAAGCAAAGGGAAAGAACUAUUCGAUCGGAUGUUACAAACGUCUAGCGCAAAUCGUUUCUCCUGGUGCCUUGACCUCGCUGAUGCAACCAAUUAAAGAUCGUAUUCUAAAAUCAACGGAUUUAAAAGAUCACUUGGCACUCUUUAGUGCAUUGAAGGCGAUAUGCGAAGGUUUGGUAUCUAAUGACGCAUUCAUUGGUGAUCAUCUGAUCAUUCUCUCUGCUCAAAUUCUAACUGACAACGCUGCCGAAGAAGAAAAGCAAAACGAAAGUGCGGAAAGCAAGCAAGACCAGUCACAAAAGAAAAGUUGCCUUCUUCUGGACGAUAAUGAUACCGUCGCUCCAAAAGUCAAAGCUGGGCACAAGAAAAUCACGAACAAACAUUAUUUGAAUCAAUUUGCCCUAUCGUUACUCAUUUCUGGAAUCAAGUUUGACAAGAUUGAUCUUUCGAUAAACUCCGAUCAACUAGAAAAGCUUGAUGGAAUACUGCACAUUAUCAUUAAUAUGCUUGAUUCAAACAGGCACAGUGACGAGGCCAUGUUCAUCUUUAGACUUCUCCAAAGGAUGCUUAAAAAUCCCCGCUUUUCAACCCUUCAUGAUUCGAAACAGUUCACAAAGCUCGCAGAAAAGCUCUUUUUUGUGCUCAAGAAUCAGUGCCGUGGAAAUGCAUCUAACUCGGAGUAUGUCUCUGCAGUAUUCAAAGCUGUUACUGCCUUGAUCUCGUCUGAUUACGGUCCACUGAGUGACGACUACUUAUUGGUUCUACUUGGCUAUGCUGAGGAAGACUUAUUCAACAAUGAAAGGCAGGCUACGGCUUUUCCGCUUUUACAUGCAAUGCUAAAGAGGAAUAAAGUGUGUGACGAGAUGGAGUACAUAAGCACGAAAGUAUUUAAGCUUUCAAUUCAGGCGGAUACUGAAGCCGGGCGUUCCUCUGCUCGAAACUUCUUUAUUCAAUUCCUGAUUGAUUACCCACUCGGCCCGACUGUACUGGACAGAUAUAUCAAUAAACUUCUCGGAAACACGAACUAUGGCAUUGAUACCGGUCGUGAGUCCGUCAUCGCUAGUAUUCGACAUGUCGUCUCAAAGUUUCCAGACAAAAUGAUGCGUCCACGCUGCUCUCUCUUCUUCACGGUCCUUGCUACCUCGUUCUCUACAGACGAAUCUAUUAAAGUUCGUGAAGACGCCUCUGUUGUUUUGAAGGAGCUCACAUCUAAGUACCCAAGCGAGGACUACGCGAAUCUUACUUGUGAGUAUUUGGAGCACGAAGACCCCGAAAAGGUUCGACUUGGGCUGCUUCUUAUUGGAUUUCUGUUGGAAGAACUGAAGGGUAGUUUACAGAUCGAAGUAGUGAUCAACGCGAUUAAAAAUCUGGUGACUAAUGAAGAAUUCGGAUCAGUCGACGAUGCACUCUUGGUUGCAUUAUUUGACGCUCUCGAGGGAUUACUAGAAAACUUUGACCUCGAAAGGUCGUAUCAGUCAGCGAUUGAGUGCUUUUCAAGAGCAGCAGAGCAACAUCUCAGUCAUCCUCAUUCCUGGGUGCGUGAGCGUGCUGCCAAGCUUAUUUACCAGCUGGUAAAAGGAAAGACGCUGAAAGAACUCAACAGCGACUACCCAGAAUUCUGGGAUGAUGCGAAGGUCAGAUCGGUCGCUAUAAGUUGCGUGUUGCAGUUUAAAUGUGCAUUUGUCGGACGGGAAGAAAUGGAACCUUGUAAACUGCUAGUUAUUUGGAUAUUGGACGAAUUCGUGAAAAAGUACGAUCAAGAACUCGAAGAAAAAGAAGGCAAACGAUCGGAACUAUUAUGGCUUACCCAGAAACUCAACGGCGUGGCAGCUGAGGAAAAUUCAGACAGGCCAAAAGAAACUGUGCGUCGCGAGCUAGUUAUUGAACUAUUCAUACAGUUUAUCCACAAGCAUAAGAACGAAAGAAUUCCCCACUUGCACGUGAUGAUGGAGGUUCUAGCGAGAGAGGCGACGGCGAAGGAAGACUCUAGGCAAACGCCAGAGGAGCUGCGGAAAUUAUCGCAUAAAGGUGCCACCGUUGUCGAAAAGAUGGUUGGUACUGUUGCGUUUGCGAAAGCCUGGGACACUGCCCGUAGCGCGCUUUCAAGCAGGAGGGAAAAAAGAGGAAGAGUUAAGCAAGAGAUGGCAGUUACGAAUCCAGAGGCGUUCAACUUAGCGAAGAUCGCCAAGCAAGAAAAAGAGAAGGCCAGGCGGAAACGCCGCCUUCAGGAGAUGAAAAUGUCUGGCGGAAAGAAACGAAGUAAAAUGAACACCCUUGAUAAAAUGUGA